CCCGAGCAGCAGCAGCAGCAGCCUGUUCUCCUCUUGCAGCCUUUCUGCUCUCCGCUCCUGUCUGUUGGCUGAAAAUGUCAAACACCGGAGAGCUGCGGGACUCUGGGAGCAGCUGAACCUUUCUACCCGGACCUUUGCUUUGAGGGAGGGGGAGUUUAUUCCUGUUCAAACCAGUUUGAGGACGGAGGCAGUCACCGCUGAAACGGAGGCAGACCGCGGGAAAAUGUCCUUACUUCCUGUCUGAUGAAGUCUUGGCGCGACUUUGGGUUUGGAGACAUAAACAAAAGCAAUAAAAGAACUGAGGAAAGUUUUCGCCAAAAAGCAGAGCGAUUUGAAAGGAUGGAGUUUUGUGAAGUCUUUGGUUCUGCUCCUCCCUGUGUUGAUGAGGAGUCGGUGGAUAUCUACGAAGGCCUGGAUGCUGAUCUGGACAGCCACCCUGAACGACCCUCUCCUCAAAGCGCAGAGCUGAAGGACUCCAUGGAUCUCUAUGAAGACCUUGUUGCAGAGGAACAGCUUCACAGAGAGUCCUCCUACACCGAGUUACAAUCCAGGUUCGAGGCAGCACAGAAGCAAAUCAAAGAGCUGCACACAAGACUGAAGCAGAUGGAAAUACAGAACACUGUGCUGAGCACCGAGAACAACCGUCUUAAGAAGAACAUCUCUUGCCUUCUGCGAACAGCGAGACAAGAAGUGGUUCGGAAAGAUGCUGAGAUACGGAGGUUGACUCAGGGGGCGUUAGGACUUCAUCACCAUCAUCGGCCUCAGAUAAAAAGUACCAAGGAUCCAAAUUUGAGUGAUCGGAUCUCCACCUGCAGCUCCUCUUCACGAACGCAGCCACCGCCGCCUCCUCCUCCAAUUCCCCAGUCUAAGGAGAAGCUUCCUGGAGUGGAUGCAGCUCAACCUUCAACAAAAGAAAGCUGUCACUUCAACAGAUCUAUAAACCCCUCAUCUCAUAACCGUUCAAAAAGACAAGAAGCGUCUGAAAAACAGACGGAACCAGAGAGAAACAGGUCCAGAGACAAGGAGGACAAACAGGAAAAUCACAAACUGUCCGAGUCAGCAGAAAGGAGGCUUAGAAAUUCACAUCAUAACAAGGACUCUGAGCAGAAGCAGGUCCAUAAAGAGGACAGAGACGCCGGGCAAGGCCACGCCUCCCGGUCACACAGAAACAAAGGCCAAACAGAGGAGAGACACAGCAGAUCAGAGGGAGCUACGACUUCUUCACAAAAAUACUCUGCAGCUUCCUCUGAAAGCAGAAAGGAGGAGCGUAAAGCUCAGCUCUCAGAAAAGCCUAGAAAUGUUUCUCUGGAGGGGGAUAAACUUACCGAUAACCAGCCAGGAAGGAGCUCUAAAAGCCACAGAUCGGAUAGGUGGACUGAUUCUAAGGACAAGAAGAGCUCCUCUCCAGAUCAGCGUUCUAAGCACUGUGGUGACGGCACCAAGGGACGAGAAAAGGAUCGGCUAGAAGAUCCUCACAGAGGCGUAGAUAGAAGGUGUAAGGAUGAAACCAGGAGAAAGCAUCGCAGCAGAAGCAGUCAGAGAGAGGAUAAGAGAGAACGGAAGAAGCACAGAGAUAAACGAUCGGAUAAAGUGGAUUUAUCCAAGGAGGGAAGACGGGACAGGAAUCCUAAAGAUGCCAAAAGCUCGUCUGAUCAACCCAAUCUAGAAACAAAUAUCUCUGUGGAUGAAAAUAACUCAAACAGGAAGUUGUGUUUCAUGGAAACGCUGAAUCUAACGCUUUCGCCCAUCAAAAGGCACGUGUUACCCAGAGACGGCGGUCCAGACGACCCGGCAGAACUCGACCAGGCUGUUGGAGAUGGAUCCGCUGGGGAAAACACGCAGCCUAACAUAGAAGACAUGUGCGUCAUUGAUGAAGUAGACAACAGUGAGCCGGAAGAAGGACGUGCUGUGGAGCAAUCCACAGAGGAUCCUCAGGCCCCGAGUAACCAGAAGAUCAGUAACACAUUAGAUGGAAGGGUUGGUCAGGAAAUCGUGGAAGAAUCUCCUGGAAAAAUGCCACCUGUCCCGACCAGCUCCCCCCAGGGCCGACCACAGGAUCCAGCCCAGGAUCCAGCCCAGGACGAGCAGACGGGUCAUCAGAAACACGGUGAGGAACACCCAUCAGUGGUCUCAAACAACACCAUGGUGGAACAAGGUGGACAGGAAGAAGGUGGACAGGAAGAAGGUGGACGGGAAGAAGGUGGACAGGAGGUCCCAGAGAGCCAGCAGAUAAGCGACACACCUAAAGCCAGUGAAGUACACGCCUCAGAGCCAGAGCCCACGGUUGACCGUCCUGCUACAGAAGCUGCUUCAGAGGAAACUCCUCUUCCACUGGACGUUUCUCCUGAAGCUGCAGCACUGCCUCCACCGAAGGACAGCGAGGACAUGAUGGAGAAAACCGUAACUAAAGAUCAGCAGUGUGGACAGGCUGAGAUCAGUCAGGAAGAUCCCUGCCUUCCAUCUUCAACCAGCCGCGCCGAAGAGGAUGAAAGCCCUAAAGACCUGGAAUCAGUGUCCAUCUGUCUGAACUCGCUUCCACAGGAGGGGCUGAGUCUAAAGGACGCCAUUGAUAUCAUGACACGUACGGCCGUAGACACCAGUGAUGAGAGGACCGUCACCGGUCCAUCCAGCUCUUCCGUUAGCUGCAUCGUAGCAUCCAAAGCUGGAGGUAAAGCUGAGGAGAAUGUGUCCCCAGAGAAAGCCAGAACGCCCGCUGUUACACCCAAGAAGAUCUGCAGUCAGGAUCCGUCGGGUUCGGUGUCCUUACUUCACGAUGAAGACUCCAUGAUGCACACGUUGAACAGUCUGAGGAGAAUCCCUGAGGCCAUCAGCCCGCUCAGGAGCCCCAUACUGCCGGCUAAGAGGGGCGUCCCCCAUUCGCACAGCAAGCUUGGACAUGUCAAGAGUCUUCAGAGAGACUUUUCUAGCACUGUUGCCGAGUCCAACUCGAAGAAACUGGAUGUUAACAAGGAGAACAAAUAUCCCGGUCCUCCGGCUAAUCGGGAGGAAAAGAACGUGGUGAACAUGGCGUCUGAGCAGACUUCCAGCCCUUUCAGCACCGACCUGGAAGAAGGGGAAAUUUUAAGCGACAGCGACGAGCCGAAUGCAAGUUCUCCUGUUCCUGCCGCCAAGAGGACCAAGCUAGCGGAACCGGUCAGGAAUAAGCCGAGCUCCAGGAAAAAACCAGAAGAACGUCGGGUCGCGUCCAAGGAGGAUUCAGCUGCCGUCUCAACGCAGAGUCCUAGAAGUCGCUUUAAGACCGUUUGUCCGGCAGCAAGCAAAGCCUCUUUUUCAUCUCUGGAAGAAAUAAUGGAGACGUUCAAGCUGGUUCGCACAGAGAUGCGGAAAAAAUACAUGAAGCUCCAUAAAACGUUCCCUAAGAAAAGCUUCUACGGAGUGAUGGACAAUUUCCAGAAGUCUUUCAUAGAGUUUGUGGAUGGAGCUCAGUUUGGCCAAAUAUGCAGCAACGAUCAGGAGCUGAAGUCUAAAUUGAAGAAGCUGAUUGCCUCCGUGUUCAGCAAAUUGUUAAACAACGGCAUCGUGAAACGCAUCUUUGAGCAGCAAGCGGCCAACCUAAAGCAGAAACUGUGGGACUUUGUAGACGUCCAAGUGGACUACCUCUUCAUAGACAUCCACACGGCGCUGAAGAGCCUCUGCCAGGCGGCGAGGACUCCCCCUGAAGAUAAGAGGUCCACCAGAGAGGGACUAGAAUCCCAGCAGGCUGCUGUCAAAAAGCAGAACACGUCUCAUUCACCCAACUCCAGCCUGAAUAGGACCAAGUCAAGUGCAGUGGUCCCGUACAGAACCGGCCUGGGAAGCAGAGGUAAAGACAUCCGAAUGUCUCACGCAGAAAAAGACGACACCUCUAACGCGGCUCCUCAAGAAGGUGUUAAGACACAAACCCCAGAGGAUGUCCAUCUCCCCCCGCCCUCAGACGGAAGUAAAGCCUGUCCCGUGAUGAUUGCUCCAAAUGGCUCCAUGCUGGAUAAACCCGACUUCCAGCUGCUAACCGAGCAACAAGCUUCCAGUCUGACAUUCAAUCUAGUUCGAGACUCUCAGAUGGGAGAAAUAUUCAAAUGUCUCCUCCAAGGCUCUGACCUGUUAGAAAGCACUGGGGUGUCUGCAGACGGCACGGCGUGGUCCAUUGGGACUCCAAGGAAGGACGGGGAAAGAUUUCUCGGCUUCGCCACGCCGUCGAAGUUCCCCUCCCCGUCCAAGCCCGAUGCGUCACCCAGACUCGUCGCCACCUGGUCCAGCAUUUCACCCCGAAAGAGGUCGUCCCCGUGUGCCAAGGAUCACAUCCACCUUAACCCAGCACUGUUUGAUGAGAGCUGCCUCUUAGAGCUUCCAUCCGGGAGCCGAUCCCUGGCCGCAGAAAGAACCUUUUCUAUUUUAGCUGAAGACCUGGCAGUCUCUCUAACCAUCCCAUCGCCUCUUAAAUCCGACAGCCACCUCAGCUUCCUGCAGCCAGCGGACAUUGGCAGACCGAUAGUGUCCACUCCAGACAGUGUUAUCAGUGCACACAUCAGUGAGGAUGCCCUGCUGGACGGGGAGGACGCUACAGAGCAGGACAUUCACCUGGCCCUGGAUAACUCCAGCUGCAGCUCUAGAGAAAGCACGACCUCAGAGACGCCCGCUCCUGCCUUCAAGCCCCACGUUCCCAUGCAGGCGCUGGUGAUGGAGAAGUCCAACGAUCACUUCAUCGUCAAGAUCCGUCAGAUCAACUCAGCUGCAGAAACCACCCUGAUCGCUGAAGAGAGCUUAAGCAAGACGUUGAUAGAAGAAGGUCAGCCGUCUGAGGAAGAUGCAGCCGCUUCUCAGGUACGUCAGAACGAUAGCGGUCGCUGCAUGGUCCCACCUUCAGAGAACCAGAUCCAUCUCACCCAGAGCCCUGAGGUUCGUCAGCCAGACUCCAGAUCAGACACCCAGGAACCGGCAGUGGCUCCAGUCAGCCAUUCAUCCAACCAAGAACCAGACACGCCAUCUGCAAAGACGCCAGCAGAGGACGGUUAUAACGCCACGUCUCCAAGUCCCCACAGUGGAACCGUCACAGAUGGAGAGAGGACACAGCUAAGAGUAGAAGUGACUCCCCCUAAAGCACAGCACAAAGCAAGCGCUUCCAUGGCGUUUAUGGACGACGCCAACGUGUCCGAGUCAGAGAGGAGUCUCACCAUCGACACGAGCAGCUCGUCAGAGAAGACCACCAGAGGCCGCGACCCGCUCAGGAAACGGAAAAGAGGCCAGGAUAAAAUGAAAGCCAAGCGGUCUAGAAAGGAGGAGAGUCAGAAGGAGGCUCAUCCCACCAAGAACCUUUCACCUUCAGCUCUGUCCCCCAGCAGCCUGUCCGCCAAGAACAUCGUCAGGAAGAAGGGCGAGGUGGUGAUGGCGUGGACCAGAGAUGAAGAUCGAGCGAUUCUGAUGAGCCUGAAAACCAAAGGAGCUUCCAGGGAGACGUUUUCUACGCUCUCAGAGAAACUGAACAAGCCAUCAGAGCAGAUCGCUCAACGGUUUUACCAGCUCAUGAAGCUUUUUAAGAAGCAGGAGAAGAUGGAUGCUUGAUUUUAUCUGAAUAAAAGCUUGAAGUGAUCCUCUGCGCUGCAGUGGACCUCAGAUGGGCUGGUUUAUGGAACGCUCUGGAGCGUCGCUGUCCACAGACCCGUCAAAACUAAACACAGAAGAGAUCACACUGCUUCCUGUUCAGGGAUUCUGUUUCCUGUUUACUCAACCAAUGUCUGACUUUAAUUUAAAAAAGGAAACUAAAGAACGAUGUGAGUUUUUGAUGCCAUGUAUGGUUUUAUUUUUGUGUUUAUUUUUAGGCAUCUUGGAAUGGUUUUUUUUUUUUUUUUAGACUGAUGAUAACCUUUUACAAAAGCAAACCCUUAACAGAACCUACAGAGAUCUGUCCAUGUUGGCAGAUUUGACAAUAAAAAACAUUUCUCCAGAAUGUUCCCACCAUCAGAAAACGUCUGCAGCUCAGAAGGAUUGCCUGUUUUUCUUCUUCCCAAAGUUGGUGGAUUUCCUCUGGAAAUGACCGGCUGCUGUCAAACUUUAGGUUGUUUUUUUGUUUUCUGUGUGGCGUUAGAUUUGCUCCCAUUAGCGUUCCUGUUUAAUUCUCCUCAUUCGAAUGUUUACAUGUCCAAUCAGGGCAGCACAUAAUAAGCUGCUGUUAGCAGCCUGGUUAUCUCUGUGCCUUAAAGGCAUUUAGUACAAAUCUUUGAUGUAUAAAACAGAAAGCAUUAUAAAUGUACAUAACAAUUUUUGAAAAUAAAGUUUUAUUUAUUUAUA